GGGGGAGCUUGAACACGAGGGUGGGGAGCGGUUGAGGGUUAGACCAAUCGCGGUCCAGAAUGGGCCAACGCGAUGAGUGACAGGUCUAACGAUGCACACUCUUGCGCGCGCGCGACUCGUUUUGAGGCCCCCCCUCCUCCCUUGCCCGCCCGCCCGCCUGCUCAACGCGACUCGCAACACACUUGUGCUGCAGUCCAACUACAUACCGUGGAGCCUACAGCACGCUGGUCGUACGUGUCAUGCAUACGUAGUCAGCCCACUCCUACCUCUGGGCUUCCACCAGACACCCGACUUUCGCUUCCACAUUCUGCUGUACUCGUCUCCACACAGUGUUCAGGGGGUGGAGGACAUCCAACCCAACUCUCCCCCAUAUUCCACUUCUACACUGGAUUAGAAAAAAACCCAACCCACUAAACUUUAAAAAAAAUUAAUCAUUGUCGGUGAUGUGAGGAUUUUCCGGGUGGACUUUCCUGUACCAGCAGAAAGAUUUCAGGAAAAAUGUGUUGAUCGAUCUUCACUGAAGAGUUUCUGUCACGCGGGGUUCAAGAAGAGAACCACUGAGCUUUGGGAUUCCACUUUACCUUCAGUUUGUUGUGGUGAUGUGUGUGGUGAGUGAGACUGUCUGUCUUGCAGUGAAAGUCUGAUGUUCACCAUGCAACUUCCUGUUGUGAGCUUAUCCCCGGGUUACAACGGCGACAGUCAGCAAGACUUGUUUUUCUUUUGCAUUGUGGUUGGAUUAUAUUAUUCAGCGUUGCCUUCUUAAACUGGAUUACCUACCCUUCACUUAGAUAUCACACCUUUGCCACCCCGUGAAGCAGUCCAACCCUCCACCCAUGGCAAGUACGACGGCAGAACGCUAGUGCGGGUGGUGAACCACCCCUAGAAACUGGCGGUGAGCAGGUAUCUCGUUGUCCCACGCGGGAGGUGUCCGACUAUGAGGGUUUGGCGACGGGCCUAGCUGCUCUGUCCACCCGUAUCACCCGUCAGCAGCCUCUCCACCUCCACUUCCUCCACCUCUCUCGCCAGUCAUGGACAGCCGGGUGGACUUCGCUCUGGACCGAACCCGCCUACUGGCGCCCAGCCUAGGUCCGCCGGGGACACUGGCUCCUAUGACGUCAUACGCCAGUGACCUCACGCACGCCGGUGUCAGCGAGCUCGCCCGGGCGGCCACGCCCUCGACUAUGACGUCACUGGCGCAGUUCCAGACCCGCUUCCCGUCCACCAUGUCCAUGCAUUCUCCAGGCACCAGCUUCGCGCUGAUGGGAGGCUUCCUGCGCACAGCAGCGUCCCCUGGCGACGGCCUCAAGUCCCUGAUGCCCGACGUGCAGCAGCUGUGGGCCCCGCCCGCCGACGGCUAUCCUCGGUUUUUCAUCAACAACAACCCUUAUUCCCCGUUCGGUCCCUUCAUGUCCACGGCGGAUACUCUGCCCGCGCUACUUCCGCCAGGGCCCAGCACCCACGGCGGCGCAGUGGCGGCCCCUAGCCAAGCCCACGCAGCACAUUGUCAUCGCAUCUACGAGCUGCAAAAAGACGCCUUUUUAGCAUCAGCCGCAGCCUCUCAGGCCGGAUUGUUCGGAAUCCUUCCCAGUUCCCAGCCAUUUCUAGAUCGCAACCCUUCGCCUCCUCCUCCUCCGCCUCCGCCUCCGCAGCCACCUGUGCCCACUUCUCUGCCCUUGGCGGUUGUGAAGCAGGAGCCUCGGGAGGUGCCCACCUGUCUCGGAGGUGAGCGGCCAAGUGGGAAGACGUCGGAGAAGAGAGGGGUAGUGAUCUCAACCCCCCGCCACCCCACAGACACGAGCACCAAGGACCCCAACAGGGAAGCGACCCUAAGCGGCGGAAGUCGAAGUCACAGCUCACACAGGCCUGCUUCCGGUUCAAAAGGCCAGACAAGGUCGUCGGGGAAGAAGGAGGCCCACAGACUUCGCUCUGGAGUUGAGGGACAAAGCCGAAGCGCUGACCAGCGCCACGAUGUGAUCCCCAAACCUGCGGAGACCCCCGAGCGAUGUUCCUACGAGAAGACUUCUGCAUCCUCUGCUUUCGUCAGCGCCAAGAGCGCGAGGGACGUUUCUAAAAGCGCCAAAGACACUUCCAGGAGCUCAUCGCCUUCCAGCCUUCACAGUAGCAGGAGGCCGGCGGAGAGGAAUUUCGCGGAGGGUCAGGCACUGGGCAGGACAAACGGUGCGGCGAACCGAGACGUGGCACCGCCCAAAAGCCUUACCUGUGACCCCAGGGUGUCGCACGGUGUGGAAGUGCCCUUAAAGAGUGGUGACAGCAAGAAGAGCAGCAGUGCGUCCAAAGGUGCCGGGAGUAUCGGCUUGCCGCAAGGUAGUGCCAGUGUGAGCAAGAGUGUUGUUGACGUUGCCACGGCAACAACGGCCGUGGCAGGCUCCAGGGCGCCCAGAAGCAAGUGUCGGAGCGACAAGAAACAUGGAGGCGUCAAAGCCUCGUGGAGCGGCGGCGGCGCUGGUGCCGCGAGCGACAAAUCGGGGUUACCUUCAGAAGCCUGGGCAGACCCGUCCUCCGCCAAACCGUCGUCAGCGACCCUGUCCACGACCACAUCAGCCAUGUCCGUGACGACGACGUCGACCACAUCUUUCUUCUCCUCCUCUUCCUCCACAGUUACCGCCGUUGCCAAGGCGACAGCCCCGUGCGCUGCUGCGGCGGCAUCUUUAGCCGCGGUCGGCCUGUGCCCGGUGGCUCAGCCGGUACCUACUGUGUCUACAGUGACCUCUACUUCUGGGGACAGCAGUUCUGUGACGUCAGUUCCGGUAACUAGCUGUGGCACACAGAGUGUUUAUUCAAGGACUCAGCCGGUUGUGUCUACUUCUGUGGCAACAACAGCGACAGCAGCGCCACCGCUCAGCAGCAGCAGCAGUGUGACAUCACAGAUCACCUCGGCGCUGCCCUACUACCACACCCUGUACUCGCAGCCAGAGGGCGCUGGAAACGGGGCUAGCGGCGUGAGGAGGGUGCAGGCCACCACCACCUUCGUUCCGGAAGUGGGAACAUACAAGGGGCCCCUCAUCCGGGGCAUGUCCAAGGGAUGCCUGGAACCGCGCCUGAAGACUGAGGGAUCCCGUAGCUCGUGCUGCCACGAGGGGGGCGGCUCCCCCGCCGCAAAGUCCUCGGUCGACGUCGGAUGCGAGGCUCUUCGCACUCCCUCAGGAAGCGUGGAGGGAGCGGGUGACUCCAGCUGCGAGGGAAGCAGCGGCUGGGAGGACAAGCCCUCGGGUCUGUCCGCAUACUCCUCCACCUGUCACCAGCCAGAGGGGCGUCUCGGGUACGGAUCUGAGAGUGCCCCAUUCGGAGGGGGAGACGGCGGGCAUGGGGAGGAGCUCGCUCGCCGCGGCGGCGGGCGCCACGAGGGUUUCGGGGAGGCUUUCGGCGAUCGCUCGCCGUCCGUGACGUCAUCGUCGUGCCGGACGCCGCUUUCUUCGUCAUCAUCGUCGUUCCACGUCAGCACGACCCCAAGCCCCAGCCUGCACCCCGGCUCGUGCAGCAGUCACAGCACCAUGACUGCUGGCUUUCCCGACGUCGCUUUGGACUUCAGCAUCUCCAGACGUGGCGGCGAUGACUCAGCUGGGGGCAGCAAGACCACUCUGCUUCCUCGCCGACCAUGUGUGAGCGAGAAGCAGGAGUCAGAGACGACUAAACAUGCUCAUAAACCGUCCCCAAGUCGUGCCGGUGGCAGCAGCAGCAGGCAUCGUGGGGACAAAGUAGUGCUCAAGUCCGAUUCCACGGACAGGACAUCGUGCAAAGCGACCGUCCUCUCUCCCGCCGGGCCGAGAAUGUGUUCGCUGCUGGACCAUUCCCUAAAGGAAGGCGCCGUAACUUCUCUGCCCUUUCAUCCGGCCCUCGACAGGUCUCGGCAGUCGUCCGGCGCGCACCAAUCCAGCACCGGGAAGCUGACAGUGACAUCACAACCGUGUGCCGAAAGCAACCAAGCAUUGAACUUGACCAAACCGUCCUCCAGCAGGCGAACGGAGAACGCUGCUACUGCAGCGACCUCCUCGGCAACGGAAAAGUCCGGUCAGGGUCCGGAGUCGGAAGUCAUCAGGCCGUUGGCGGUCCUACGGAUGAUGCAGAUGAUGGGCUCUGGGGAGGUGAGGUGCGGCUCGGCCCCUCCCCGCGCCUCCGUGCCGUCUGUGCACGGCAAGGAGUCGCCGGAGGACAAAGACGACGACGACGAGUGUGCGGAUGAAGAGGACGAUGUGUCGGUGAGCGAGGGCUUGGACAAAGAGGAGCUAACUGAGCAUAUCGCCUCCAACAUUCCAGUGGGAAUAGCCGUGGCACAGCAGAGACCGGAUACUGGACGAGUGGACACACGACAAGGGAUUAACAGGGGAGACCUCCACCUGAGACCUACCGAUGAUAGUGACGUCACGUGUCACGAGUACAAAGAGCGCGAGGACUUUCACAGGCAACAGAAAAGCCUGUUGACUGGAGCCGCCAAGCCUAUUCCAAACACAACCCUUCCACCUAACCUAGUGGUUACCGGAGGAGACAACGCACUCACAGAGGAACUGCGAUUGCGACCCCUGGCAAACCAGUGGAUUGCAGCCAGCCAUGGCUUGGCUCCUUCCGCCUGGCUUCCGCAGCCGCCCUUCACCUUACAUCCGGGCAUUCCCACGUCCACCGCCACCUUUGACACGAGCCACCACCCAAUCAGCAGCGGGUUUAAGCUCGCGCAUGAUCCACUGACAGGGCAGCUACUCCUCAUACCAAGUGGAGAUAUCGUCGAUCAAAACCCCUUCUGGCCGGCAGCCUUCCAGAACCCAGCCACCACCCAGGCACUUCCUGCGGCCCCGUCCUUCACCCACCUGACUGUCCCCCUGUCCCAGCACGCGCAGGUCACGGCUGCUGCUUUGUCGGCCGACGACAAUGGACGUCUUGCCCAGGAAGUUGAAGACAACGGACGAGUUCCACGACCCGUGGAACAGGCAGAAACUGUUCAGGAAGAUAGCAGGGAGGGCAGCCAGUCGUCGGACACUGGUCUGCAGCCACAGUCGUGUUCAGGACAGGUGUGCAAGGACAAGGCUGUUCCUCCGACAUCAGCCACCACCACCGCUGCAGCAGGCAACGGUCACGACAGAGAGAAACAGGAGCCAGUUAACAUAGCCAACAGCUUCAUGGCGGCCGACUUGGCGACCCAGGCUCUUCCGUUCCCAUACCAGACAGCAGCAGCAGCAGCCGCCAGCCUGACCAGCACGCAGUUCCCUUUUGUGUUUAACUCUGCCCUUUUGCCUCUGCCCUCCGGCCUCUCGCUGGGAGAGCCCUUGCCCAUCAAGACGGAAGCCCCCACCACUCAGUCCCGGGGCACGUCGCCCAUCAUCUUCAGCGCCUUGCCCUCCAGUGACGUCACCCAAUAUGGCGGGGUCAAGGAAGCAGCGGUGGCAGCCGACAUCAAAAAAGAGAUCAGCACGUGCUGCGUGUCCGUGCAGACCACCUCCGACCUUGACCCCCAACCCACCGCUCGCAAGGUCGUCUCCAAGGAGCAGGGCAUCCAGACGAGCGAGUUGGGGCAUUCCGUCGUGCCGCUGGUGACCAGCGAGGUGGGGCCCAUGCAGCCCCUCUCCGUCAUCUGCAGCAGCGCGGACUUUGCUCUGCAGCACCACCCCGCCCCACCGCUGCUGAGGCACGAGGACAGCUCGCCCCUCGGAACCGUCGCCGCCGUCGCCUCGGCCGCCAUGGCUGCGGAAGAGCGUCUGGGCGGACACUCGGGGUCGGCGGGGAUCACCCAGCACGGGCCACCUGGUGGCACCUACAACCCCUUCACCGACCCACAGUUACUGCAGGCGGCCGACGGCCUUGAACUGCUGAGCACACUCGCUGAGAAACGGCCAAAGUGUGGAUCUGCAUUCGUGGAUCCCAAAGUUGUCUUUCCAUCUCCGAGUGACUCCUUCAAGUCGGACACUCCGUUGCCUUGCGUGGAGUUGGACGAUACCGUCUCCGUUGGGGAAGGGGAGAGAAGUGGACAGACAACUCCCAGAGGGGACAGACAUCUGGACAGGGAGGUGUCGCCCAAAUGGGGAGUGGUCAGGAAGGACAGUACAUCAGCACCUGGCGAGUACAAGGUGUCCUCAAGCUUAGCGAGCAUGGACGCCCUGGAGUGGGACAUGAGGCUGCGCCUGGCGGAACUGCAGCGCCAGUAUCGCGAGAAGCAGCGAGAACUGGCGAAACUUCAGCCCAGGAAGGAAAAAGAUGGAGACAGCUCGUCGCUAGGCAAACGAGGGCGGGGACGACCGAGGAAACGAAAGUUUGUCAGCAAGAAAGCGGACGACGAGAGUUCCAACAGUUCCAGUGGCAAAGGCAACAAGGAAGGCGUUGUGAAGAAGCGGCGACCAGCAGAAGAGCUUGUGGACAGAGUGUUUCGCAAGUUGCCGCCGGCGAAGCUGGGCAGGCUGAAGCUGUUUACCCACAAGCACAAGCGGCGACACUCUCUGUCUCUGACAUCACAUGGUCAUUAUGAAUCUUCCAAAGACAUCUUCAAGAAGAAGGACGCACACCGGCACGACACUGGCAACUUAUUUACAAACCUGGAAAACUCCUUAGCGCAGUCGGCCGAAAAGAAGAAACUGAAAUAUCGCACAGCUGAGAUAACCGCUACAGCCACGUCCGCCAUGCCAGGUCUGUCUUCUCUCGGCACGAUGACCUCAGAGACUGGCCUGGGCAUUUUGGCCAAGUUCGCCAGCUCGGCAUUGUCCGCCUCAUUCCAGGCCACCAAAGCAAAGAGCGAGGAGACCUACCUGUGGGGCAGCUCAUCGCUGUCCUCGUCCAUCCACAAGCGGCGCACCGAGCCCGGCGAGGACUCGUGUCUGUGGGGAGGGUCAUCCCUCGCGCCCUCCCUCAGUAAACGACGAGAAUCCGACACUGACAACAGUGACACAGCCAACGGUCCCUGCGUCAAGAAGAGAAAGCCAGGACGACCUCGAAAAUGUGACCCCAACAAAACAACAGGGGUUACAGAAACCAUCUGGGCCCGUCAGACCGGCCUGCUGCAGUUGUCGGACGUGGCUCAGGGCAAGACCUGGGUGGCCAAGGCCGAGGAGACGGCCACCGCCACCGCAGUGACGGCAGCGACCACCACCACCUCCACCACCACGGUCGCCUUCUCCGCUACGACCACUUGUGUCAGCUUCGGCACGACUGCAAGCAAGCCGUCUUCGGCUUCCUCGGCCGCCUCUUCCGGCCAGGCCACGGGCCAGCACUCUUUGGCGCCGCUCUUGCUAGAUGAGUGGUCUCUUCGCCGCAGCGAGCGCAUUUUCCUGAGCGACACCAGCCCGCUCCCGUCCCCGAACCUGCAGCCUCCGGCCAGAGACGCAGUCAGCGCCGGCAAGUUGCCAGCCGCCCGGGACAACAGGUCUAGUAGUGUCAGCAGCCGCACGGGAGGGACCGCACGCGGUCGCCCGCCGGCCAACAACAAGGCGCGGAGGACCUCCAGCGGAGGCUCGGACCAGGCUCGCGCGCGACCUCCCAGCGAGGGGAGUGGCAAGGACAAGGAGGAGGCCCAAGACAAGGACCAGGACAAGGAGAAAGAGGUCGGUACCGUCGCCAAGGUUACUACUGCUGCUGCUGGUGGUGGUGGUGGUAGUGGUGGUGCUGCUGCUACUACGACUGUUAGCCCGGUGGUGACGCGGGAGAAGGUGAAGGACGAGAAGAGAGACCGUGACCUGGCCAAAGUGCAGAAGGCACGCAGUCUUCACGAGCUCACGCAGCGCGUCAAGCGCAAGUACAGCAAGAGCCUGUGCAAGAAGCCGGCGGCCCCCUCGCCUUCUCCUGCUGCCGACGAGAGGCAGAAGAAAAAGAUCAAAGACAAAACCGAGAGCAUCGCCAGGCCUGCCCAGGUGGCCAAGAAGGUGGAGGCAGAUUCCGACUCGUCCAGCGAGGGGGACAACGUGCCAUUGAUUAAUCUACGAGAUCGCCCCGUGACCCCAGAGCCCCCAGGCUGCGCCAUCCGACAGGAGGACUUGAAGGAAGGCCAACACGUGCUGCUGUUCCGAGAUGCGCUGUUCUACGAGGGCGUCGUGCAGGCCAUCCAGCCGCCAGACAUAUACGGGGUCGUGGUCACUGGUCAGCGGGGUAGCCGCCCUCACAUCUAUUCCAGGGAGGAGAUCCUGAGAGAUGCGAUCAAGGUCGUGCCGCCCAGUUCCCAGCGGUAUGUUCCAGAAGGAACUCGAGUCUGCGCAUACUGGAGCCAGCAGUUCCGCUGCCUGUACCCUGGCACCGUGGCCAAGACAAGCCCCAACCCGCACGUGACGAGUUCAGUCAACGUGGAGUUCGAUGAUGGCGACUCGGGGCGCAUCCCCCUCGCUCAUGUCCGCCUCCUGCCCCCAGACUUCCCGCUCAUUACUCAGGAGCCCAACCCGUUGCUGUACUUCACCAAGCGACGUCGACGCACGACCUCCGAUGACGACUUCAGCCGCUCGUCGGAGAACAUCGCCGCCGCCGCGUCCGGCACGAGCGACAGUGGCGCAACCGCGCGGCGCCGCAACGUGGCUGACAACUCCGACACCGACAGCAGGAACAACAGCAACAGCAGUGCACCGGUCAAGGACCGUAGCGGGAAGACAGUCAGCAGAAGCAAAACAUCUUCUUCCGCCAUCGCCUCCUCCUCCUCUACAGUCAGCGGUCAGGGUCAGAGGGAUGACCGGAAGAAAAGCAAGAAGGUCAGCAACCGAUCCUCAGCUCCGCUCCUGCGCCCUGCGUCCUUUAACCCCAAGAGGGCGUGCGUGAGCAAGAACGAGCCUGACAGCAAGGAGGCGGCCUCGGACGACGAUGAGGACGACGGUGAUGAUGAAGGCGACGAAGAGGAGGAGGAGGAGGAAGAAGAGGACGACGAGGAAGAUUCCUCUGCCGAUAACGAGAGCGGCGACGAGGAAGAAGACAGCCAGGAGGACGAGGAAUCAGACGAAAGCGAGGACGAACCGCUGGCCAAGAAGAGCGAAAAGAAAAAUGACAAGAAGUUAUCCACCCUUAGAAGCAAGUCCACCCGCGGAACGUCGCACGGCGGCGGCAGCAGUCGUCGCAAGAAGAAGAAAGCGACGUACAUGGCGCCGCGGUUGCUAUGGAGAUGGGCUGGCCGCAGCACCAAGCGGCCCGGCAUGAAAGGCAAAGCUCGGAAGGAAUUUUACCGCUCCAUCGUGCGUGGAUCCGACCACAUCAUGGUGGGUGACUCCGCCGUGUUCCUGUCCACUGGCCGUGAUAACUGUCCAUAUGUAGGGCGCAUAGAGUCCCUGUGGGCCAGCUGGGGUGGGCAGAUGACCGUCAGAGUUAAAUGGUUCUACCACCCGGAAGAAACCAAAGGAGGGAAGCAGUUGGCGCAUCCGAAGGGGGCGCUGUUCGAGUCACCGCACGGGGAUGAGAAUGAUGUGCAGACCAUCUCGCACAAAUGCCAGGUGCUGCCCUUCAAGGACUACAUGCGACGCACGGCCGAUGCCAACCGGCGGGGCCAGCCCCUGGGACCUAACAUCUACUACCUGGCUGGUUACUACGACCCCACCAUCGGCCUCCUGCGGUUCGAACCCGACGUCGUCUAAAACGAGACAACGAACCCGCGGCGGUGCGUCGAGGGCAUGUCGGCAGUACGAGCUCCUGUCGGCGACUCGACGAGAGUUCAUCAUCUGGUCACGAGGAAUUUCUGCAAUUGGCACCUCCCUCUCUCCCUACUGGGAGGAGAACACCGCCUUUUUCUGUGAGGAGGAUUUACACCAUUGAUAUCAGGAGUGGAGGAGUAACCCCUCCCUCUGUACGAGGCGCCAAGUGUUGGAAUGCCAACUAAAUUGACGAAUGGAGAGUUUUUUUGUGUGUGUUCGUGUUUUUGUUGGAGGCGGGAGGAGGGGAGGCUGUUGCCUGCUGCCAGGACAGCAUCGAGGUGUUCCAUCUGUUCGUGACCCGUGGAUUCGUGUGAUGGCAUUGACCUUCGAACACGAGCGCGUGACGUGUAGUGGGAGGAUCGCGCGCGGAUGCACAGCAUUGGCUGGGAGAAAAAAAUUCUUUUCUUCCGAUCGACAUGGUGCUUAUUGCUGAUUGUUCAGUGAAACGAAAUAAUAUCCUAGCUGAGCAUUUCGGCACAGUUGAAUGAUUCUGGUCGUGAUGAAUUCCACCUCGAGUGAUGGAGAAUGGCUGGGGGAGACGAAGUUAGUGGACCAACGGUGGGAGGGGAGGAGAUGUGGAUGGGUCUGGAAGAGGAUUGGGGGGAAGGGGUAGAACUGGCUUAGUCGAGAGACGUGUGUAUGUCUGAGGGGAGGGAGAAACCCAACAAGACUGCUAUACUCUGCAGCUGUUGUUGAUGUUGCUCUCGGGAGCAGAAGGCAAGGAGAAGGUGUUGUUGCCUUGUACUGUACCUUACAUGUUGGGCCACAUUUGGAAACGACCGUGGCGCCACCAGGAUAUGUGGGGGGCAAGUAAAUCGCAUCGGGGGUUUGGGGGGCACGGGGGACAUGGGAGAAGAGAAUCACGGGGUUAGUGCUCUUGGAUGUUGUCGUCGUCGUCGUCACUAACGGCGGUGUGUUGUCACGCUAGGUGGCAGUGUCAGUGUGCAUUCAUACAUGGGAGCAAGAAGUCAAAGGUCACAAAAGGUAAUUUUGUGAUUUCUUGUGUCGGUUACCGAGGAGAUGUACAGCAGCGAGACUGCUAGGACAGCUGCAUGGAAAGCUGGUAAACUGUAAACAUUGUGCGGACGGAUGACAGGCUGUGGACAGCUGCACAGAAUAAUUCUGGACUGCGUUCAGCAGCAAUCGGCACGAAGGAGGCUGUGUACAGUGACAAGGAUUAUUGUAAACCAUCCUCUCCACUUCAGCAACCAUCACCACCAUUUUGCUUUCACGGCGCAACGCCUUAAAUGUUGAUGAAUUACUUUAUCAUGCAAACUUUCAUUAAGUAUCAUUUGUUAAAAAAAAAUAAUAAUCCCGUCCUCCCCACUUCACCCAACCUCUGGCUCUGUAAAAUACCUGCAAAUGCUCUCCCACUCUCCCCACCCACCACCCCCACAGCUCACAAAUGUUUUCUUCCGUAAAGUCUGGCACUUGUGCUGUGCUCACUGCUUUCAAGACCCAGGCGCAGAAUCCGAGUCGGAGAGAGGUUCACAAGUUGAAGCACCCGAAUACAUGGCGGGUAGGUAGCCUUGCAGGUUGUUGGCAGACAAAGUGUAACUGCGCCCCUAGGUGUUCCUUUCGACCCCCGACGACUGCUAAGUUCUGCCCAGGACAGUUUGGAGCUCGCGACGGUUCUGACAAUGCACAAUGCUUUCGUCACAUUCACAUCACAGUGCAAGCCCAAAGGGGGAAAACCUGUCUUUCAAAAUAAUUAUUUGCUUGAAAAUGUCAUUUGGUGUUUUUCACGGGGUUGUUACCUGUGUCAGCACUUCCCCCACCCUCCAUCUCACCUUCAUCCAGCACCUUUUCUUAAAAGGGACACACAAAAAAAUGUGCGGACUAUUUUUUCGCCCUUCGUCAGCAGGCAGAGCUUGCCACCCGGGACACGUGUAGGGACGAUGGCAGCUCCACUGGGACGAGUGGUAGCAAUAGUUUCUGAUGCAGCAUGGGGACGCACUGCAGUUUUUGAUGCAAACUCUCGGCACUUUGGCAGCAUAGGCUGGAAGCCUUAAUGGGCGGAAACUCCCAUAAUAUUCCGGAAGAGGGAGUCACGAAAGUCCUGGUGUGGCUCUCUGUUCGUGUGCAUGUGUGUGUGUGCAGACGGGCGAGUUGUAGAGAGAGGAGGGAAGGAGGAAGGAAUAACAGUGUCAGGAUGUGCGAGUCGUGUCUGCCGCUGAUUUAUUUUUUUCUGUUUUUUUUUUUUUUUGGUACGCAGGUCUACACAUCCUCUUGUAUCCAGUCUGCGGGCAUCAAACACACUAAUAAUGUUUAUAAAUUGUCAUGAAUACUGAUAGUAGGACACUUUAGGUAUUAUCCGCAAACUGUUAUUUACCGGGAAGAUGUGCCCUCUGACCUUGUCGUUGGGCGGGCUUACCGGUCACUACCCUGCUAAUGUCGCAGGCGUCGGGUAGGUUGAUUGGUCAUUACUCAAAAAUGUUUUCGUUAAUGUGGGGUGUUUUUUUUUUUCUUUCCUCCCGACAUUUGAAGAAGUCACAGUCUGCUGGUAAACCGCUUAAAUGUUUUCGUUAAUGUGGAUGUUAGUGUUUGUGUAUUGUCCAUGUCAUUCACUUUAACGACUCUGAAACGGACACUGAAGAAAUCGUUAAGAUGUUGACCACGCUCUACACUAACACGCAGGCUCGUCAUGUUGACAAGUUUAUUUGUUUGUAGUGAACAGCUCGAGAUUGUUAUGUCACCCAGUUAUGGACGCCUGCUUCUGUCGAAGACUUUAAUUUUUAACAGUAGGAAACAUUCAGAUUAUGCCUUAACAUAUUUUAAUGUUGCAACAAUGGUCAGUGUAUUUUGUGUUGGUUUAUUUUUCUUUGACAAAGGGAGAGGUUCAUUUGUCUUCAGUGAAGAUUUGAGUAGUAAGUGUGAAGCUCUUUCGACACAAAACUGAGUCUUUCACACCUUUUUUUUUUUUCUUUCCUCCCGACAUUUGAAGAAGUCACAGUCUGCUGGUAAACCGCUUAAACGUGAACGCGCACUUUUGGUCGCGCGCGCACACACACCCAUCCUGUUCCACCCCUCUGCCCACCCGUCUACCCUCCAGCAAAGAAAAAAUAGUAUUCUCUUUCCCGUUUCCUCCCCAUCUACACCAUGUGGAGAAAAGUCGGCGAGCGGCGCGUGUCCAUGGCAACUAGAGUGCAGUGCCCAUGUUUAACCCAGACCUCGAGAACCUUAGUUACUCACGCCCUUCGACCUUCACUGGUAACCCCUGACCUGUUGGUUUGUUGAUUUUAUGAUCUUCCCCCAGAUACAAGCCGCGCUUGAUUUGAAAGGCGACCUCCAGCUGUUUACGAAACCGACACUGCUUUAGAAUUCCAACAAACACUUCCCUCUCUCUCUCUCGGUUCGUGUGUACGUCUGUGAGUGUGUGUGCGCGUGCCUGCACGAGAGAGCAAAAACGUGUGUGUGAGAGAAGGAGAGGAGGGAGAAGUGGUGGUGGUCGUAGAGUCCCCUUCCGCUCAUGUUUCAGAGGGUGAGACUGGCUCACAACAUAUGUAACAACAUUUAGCAGUUACAAUCGUGGCUCUGUAGGGACUCGAACCUUGGUUGAUUGGUCAACUGGGUCCUGACUAGUCAUCACCAUCUCUCCCUAGAUACAGGACAACCACCCAGGGUAGGGAAAGAUGAGCGUGACAUUUUUUUGUUAGUGUAUUUCGCAUAAAACGUUUUCCGACUUUUCACAGGAAAAACGAAAAAAGGCUUUCCGUGCAGCUUACACCCACUUGGAAGAGAAAAUAUUAAUGUUCACACAAUCGCCGUUGUUAUUUAAUGUAACUUGUAAGUAGAAAAAAAGCCAAAUCGCUUGUUUCAUCUCAUUAUCAGAUGUUUGCUCUUUAUACCACAACAUGUUACCCGGUGAUUUUAUUGCGCUUUUCGAUAUUUGUUUUCUUUUGGGUGGAUAUUUUUCAUACUUGGAAGUGGAGAGUUUGUGUGAGACAGAGAGGGGUGUGAAAGGUUAGGACCCUGCCUUUUAUAGAAAGUUAUUCUGGCUUCUUCUCUUUACCAGCGGAUAUUUGUAAACCCUUGUUUCAGUCUUAAUUCAGUCAGGACCUGUAUUCAUGAAGCGAGGGUAAGUCGCUACCCGUGGACAAAACUUCAAACCUCACAGAAUGUCCAGGCCAUGUUGCUUCAUGUUGCUAUCCCCAGAAAGCAUCCUUGCUACUGACUUUUAAUUACAACUGUAGUUCCAAGGCUACAGCAACACCCUCAGAGUCCGGGCGCCAUUUUAUAACUACGGCGACAAGACGUUUGCCCUCGAUGUACCCGAGACGAUGAUUUACUGUCACUUCAUGACCUCGGCCACGGGUGGGCAGACGAGCGUCCACUUGACCUGUUAAGGGUGCAGCUAAGGUGCACACUCAGACCGUUUCAUGACACCUUGUUGGUGUGUGUGGUUGUUGUAGAGGGGAGGCAGGGGCUGGCUUGACACCAGCUUCUCUGCCAGUGACUGCCGGGAGGGAGGGUCGGCCGCUCGCUCCUCGCUGAAGUAAAACUGUCAGCCGGGCUUGAACUGUCAGCCGGAGUGGAAGUGACAGCCAGUGCCAUUGUCCCGGUGUGCCAAGUGCCACGUCGCUUAGCGUGUGGCGGGGUUGUCACUGAGGAGGGCACUACUCCCCCUCCCCGAAACACACACACCUCCCUCAGCUUGCUGCUGACCUCUGUGUCAGGUCUACCCCCCGCACGCGCGGCGUGUGUGAAAUUAACACGUGCAACUGACAGCAACCCCGUCCCCCUCCCACCACCACCCCCACCCCACUCCCCUCUAGUGAUGCAACAAACUGUGGUUGCCUGUAGCAACCUCGCCGCUGUAUUUCCAGAGGAUUGAUGUCGCUCCUUUGACAUCUUAGGCUUUGAGAUGUUGACUGUUUGUUUCUGCCAGGUUCACUGGUUACACCGAAGGAUUGUGUUCAAAACUGAGUCGCCGCAGGGUGUGCGUGCGUGUGUGAGAGAGUGAAUAUUUUUUUAAUCGUGAAUAAAUAAAUAAACAUUUUUAGAACAGUGCACGCUGGCGCUCGUGCAAGCUGCCUCAGUGGUGACCCUGACUAACUUCUGACUGGCCUUGAACUCUGGAAUCACGAUCAGAUUUGUUGUGCUUGGAUACUCCUUUUUGCAUUGCUGGUUUGAUAUCUUUUAUCAUAUCGUUAUCAUGUUCAUUGUAGAUGUUUUAAAAAAACGAAAUGGGCUAAACCUUGUACAGUUGAUGAAUCAUGUCUGACACGCUCGUAAAAAUUAGUGAGUUGUAUCUGUGAAGAGUUUAAAAUCGUGUUGAGAGCCGACACUGGACAUGUUGGUAGAGUGGGUUCUUCUAUUACAGAUAUUAAAACAUUUUUUUCACUUGCACCGAUGAGAAAAGAACAGGGCGCAUAUUGGUGGGUAGGACACCAGUGGGUUCAGUUACUCCAGCAAGCAAGCUAACUCCCGGUGUAUGAGCCACUGAGUGAAGGUAUCUACUCAUCUACUCCACCAGCAGGAAAUCGCGACAACGGGUGUAACUGCGGGUGUCUUUGAGGGUGAGGCAUGGGAAACUUUUUUUUUCAGAAAAAAAAUCAAAGAAUCAAAAACGCAAACAAAAAGCUGUGGACAGUCAAACUUUGACCUGAUGAUGUCCGCAAGCAAGUAUUAGACGACAAAAGUAGAUAUUUUCAUUUGAUCAAAAUGUUCAUUCUUCAACUGAACAAGGUGGGGGGGGGACAAAGGAUACAGUGUUCAUUACAAAGUUCCCUUUCAUUUUUUUUUUAUGGUGUCUGCUACUCUUACGAAUUUAAUGACAACGGUAUUUAUUGAGCAGUUGUGUACCAAUAAUUCUGUUCUGUGUACUUGUUUAGUCUAUAAGAACUUUGUUCGCUUCGGUUGAACCCAGUCUACCCCAGGUGGAAGAAACUUAUCGGAAGAGGUGUUGGGUAGUCCUGUCCCUAGUCCAUGAAUGCGAGGUUUGGGUGGUUAUCUUCGGUUAGUCGAUUUUCCUAUUUGGGGUAGAGUAACAGGAUGGGUAAAUGUGCUUCAUGAAUGAGAAUAUUUCGACAGUUAUUUAUAUGUGCGCAGUACAUACUCGUCGGUGGUUAAAACAACAGUCAACUGCCUUUACCGAAACACACGACCGUAGGAAGAGGGUGAAAAAAAUCACUUUUGUGUUAUAAACCGUAGCAACGGUAAAUUUACAAAAGACCGGAGAAACAUUUCCACUUUCCUGAUAAUAAAUGUCUACAAUCUUGAAAGUCUCGAGCUAAAGAAGAGUAGAAUGAAGGAGCCAUGUGCAGAUGGCAGAAAAAGCUUCUAAAUGUGAACAUUAGUACAUUAGUACAUUAGUACUGCUGCAAGAUGUACUGUAAUAAUAAAUAUCUACAAAACUGUCGCAAAAUAAAUAAUUCUUUUGACAGGCACAAACCCUUGCAGACAAAAAUGGGCAGUAGGAUGUUUUGUCUAUUGAAUUUAAAUUUCACCAUGUGAUGUGAUUGCCAAAAAAUAUAAAGCAACAAAUAAGAAAUAAUACAUUUAUUAUAGUUUGUGCGACCGGCUCUACGCCCCCACCACUGUCUCACAGAGGAGAAACUAUUUUGCUAGUAUUAAGAGGAGUCUGUCCGUAUAUCAUGUAAAUAUAUUUAAGUACGCGAAAUAUGUUGUGCAACAACAAAGAAAUAAGCUAACUACUGUUUUAAACUAGUUACAAAUAUUAAAUUAAGCUUAUUGUCGUGCAUUUUAAGAAUAUGUUGUUCAUGUAAGUAAGAUAUUGUAUAUCUGCGGUUUAAGUGAGUGGAACUCUUUAUUCUCUAAAACCACUUUGCUUUGUUUCUGCUACCCGCUAUCUAAAAUUAUUAAUUCGUGUCAGAUUCAGAACUCUGAUUCAAAUCGCUCUUUAUUCAUGUCAGCGAGUCUGAAAAUGAAAUCGUGAGCUUGUAGAGGAUGCUGAUAGGGAAAGGAUGUUAGAAGCUAAGCCACAUACGCUCGAACUCCAUUUUUGAUUUGCGCACGGCACUAAGACAGCUGCUAGAUGCUGAUUGGAUGUUGCCUUAGGACACCGAUAUAAACAAAAUCCCUCAUUGGAGCCCUGAUAAAUAUGGCGACACAGGGUUUGCUUUACAGGUAGACAUUUUCUCAGCUUCAUAAGGCUCCCAGGGGUCGGGUGCAUGGAGGUGUAAACCUUGCAGCUGUUAUUUUCUGUUGGGAGGACCUGGCUUUGUGGGCAUGACCGUUACUGUGCAGACAAGUAUUUUAUCAGCACAGUUCCCAUCAUCUUUACAAGGGAAGGGAGGGGAAUCUAGGUAUGUAACUACAGACCCAAGGUGUCUGGCUUUCCCCGGGGCUGCUCUUCCUCCCAUCCAUAACUAUAGCUGCAGGUGUAAAAAGUACAGAGAAGACUUUUUUUUUUUUUAAGUACACAGAACUUUUAAAAUUGUGAUUACAGAUAUUGUGUUCAGUUUUAUGUUUGUUUGAAGAAAAAAGUAGCUCCAGCAGCGGAAUUAUUUUGUUUCUGUUCUUGACGAUUCCCCUCCUGGAGUGUAUUUUACAGUUCAUUUAUGUGAUGACUAGUUACAUUAUCUGUGCAUAUUAACUGUAAUUGCAGUUACAACUGCGUUUGAUUCAGAGACUUACCGAAGGUUGGCCUCUGAUUGCGACUCGUGGUUGUUACUGCUUGCAAGGUGGUGAAACAGCAGCGGUGCACAGAAGUCAGACAUGACAGCUCCAGUCACUGUUGUGUCGUUCCAUUGGCUAGACAUGGAUGACGAAGGGUUUGUUUAGGACAAAAGUGAUCGUACAAAAAAUUUGUUGUGUAAUUUUUUUAAUCAUUCUGUAAAAAUAAAGGUUAAAGGUCGUUGUCAGCAGCGAAUGUUUGUUUGUGCGUAAUACUUUUCUAUUGGGGCGUAGACAGAAAUAUUCUGGAAACUGUCGAGAACCUUAGUUUUUGGAUAGUUCUCGAGCUCAUGCUGCUUUGCCCUCGCCUUCAUGUCUUUAAACUUCGCAACGACUGAUUUCACUGCAGCCUUCAUCUGUGUGUCACGUGUCCUCCCUCAGAAAGGUGCAAGCCUGCUACACAACACCUGUCGCCCUCACCCACCCAACAAGAUUUCUGUUACUUAUGCUGUACAUACAAUUCUUCGCUCACCACAACCGCUGUGACGAUUUCACGUUGUUAACAAUUUGUUUUUUAAAAGAAUGAAUUCACUUUAAAAGUGUUGGUCUGAUGGUCACACCUGGAGAGCACGGCACUGAAACUCCAUAGAGGCCGGGGUGGGUGGGAUGGAGGGAAACGAGUCGUCCCGAGGGUAGAAGUGGGGAGGGGAGGGGUAGUCGCUGGAAGUUUGUGCCGGUUACAAGAAAGUGCAUUUUUUUCUCCCUCUUGCUCACACUGGCUUCGAUGCCGCGCGGCAGUUGGCUUGCUGCACGACGAUUCUAGCAUCUUCUGCCGGGGACCUGCAGGAGAAGUGACUUUAUGGAGGAUGGUGAGCAGUCUGUGGUCACUGUCACCUGGCAGUUACGCAUUGUGAUUAUUCCCUGUUGGAUGAUGUCCAUUUCAGAGUUUGUGAGAACUUUAUUAUUUUGUGUCGUCUGUCUAUAUAUGAAAUAUAUAUAUAUCUAUAUGCAAGCAUAACAAGGCUAAUAAUUGAUUUUUUUAAAGUCCGUUGCCUGUUGGGCAGCGACGAAACGCAUAUACGAUAUGCGAUGGGAUCUCCUGUCCUUUGAUAACACUGUUACGCAAAUGCCUGAAUAAAUAUAUUUUUAAGAUGU